AUGGGAUGUCAGUUCUUGACUCAACUCAACUCAUCUCAACUCAACUCAUCUCAACUCAACUCAUCUCAACUCAACUCAUCUCAACUCAACUCAUCUCAACUCAACUCAUCUCAACUCAACUCAUCUCAACUCAACUCAUCUCAACUCAUCUCAACUCAACUCAUCUCAACUCAACUCAUCUCAACUCAACUCAUCUCAACUCAACUCAUCUCAACUCAACUCAUCUCAACUCAACUCAUCUCAACUCAACUCAUCUCAAACUCAAACUCAUCUCAACUCAACUCAUCUCAACUCAACUCAUCUCAACUCAACUCAUCUCAACUCAACUCAUCUCAACUCAACUCAUCUCAACUCAACUCAUCUCAACUCAACUCAUCUCAACUCAACUCAUCUCAACUCAACUCAUCUCAACUCAACUCAUCUCAACUCAACUCAUCUCAACUCAACUCAUCUCAACUCAACUCAUCUCAACUCAACUCAUCUCAACUCAACUCAUCUCAACUCAACUCAUCUCAACUCAACUCAUCUCAACUCAACUCAUCUCAACUCAACUCAUCUCAACUCAACUCAUCUCAACUCAACUCAUCUCAACUCAACUCAUCUCAACUCAACUCAUCUCAACUCAACUCAUCUCAACUCAACUCAUCUCAACUCAACUCAUCUCAACUCAACUCAUCUCAACUCAACUCACAGCUAUGCACGGUAAUUUAUACGGUAACAAGAUAA